AGAAUUACAUUAUUUAAUAAGUAUGAGAAAAAUGUAAACGCACAUAUUGCACUAUGAAUAUAAAAAUACUCUCUGCUCCAUUAUCUUACUGUCUGCAUAUGUUGUUGUUGUUGUUGUUGUUGUUGUUUAUGUGUGUUAUGAUUAUACAGAUAAAACAAACGCAGGGACUAAAUGUAUGUUUUUCUUUAUUCUAAAACGAUAUAUACUACAUUCUUGUGGCUAUAGAUGUGUAAAACCAUCCAUAAAACGCAUUCAUAUAUCUAUACAUACACACAUCAAUACAUACAUAAAAAGAUAAUAAUUCACAAUAUAUAUACAUACAUACGACAGUCAAGAAGAGUUUUUGUGCAAAAUAAGUUACAGGCUAAAAACAAAAUUUUACCUCCUUCAUAAAAGAAGACAAACGUUUCCGCUUGCAAACAGGAGUGAACCCUCUUGCAGUGAACUCUCAUCUUUAACUACACACGUCUAAAGUCUACGUGCACGGAUUGGCAGCAGCUGUACCGAAGUCAGUGUCAUGUUGGUGUGUUUACCUGCAGAAACUCAGUGAAUGUCCCUUUUCUCUCUCCGUGGUACGACAGCAGAGAACACACUGCACACCCCAGUGCUAAAAGAGCAAAUUAUUGCUGUUGUAGAAACAUGGCUUCGAGUUCUCUGGGCAGAAGACUGGUGGCUUGUCUUCUCAACGUUUCUGAGGCUCUCAGGAAAGACCUGGUGGAGACUGUGGCCAAGGCCGCAUUAUACGACACCGAAGGGGUUAGACGAGAGGGGACCGCAGUGCUGAACAUCUUUAACGACAGAGACUACAACCGUUCUGUGAUCACCAUUGUGGCCAGUAUCGACUCCAUCGGGGAGGCGGUUCUGUCUGCCUGCGAGAAAGCCUGCAAGCUGAUUGACAUGCGCGCUCACAUCGGGGUCCACCCGUGCAUGGGCGCCGUCGACCUAAUACCCAUCUACCCCCUGGGGGAGGAGGUGGGAGCAGAGGAUUGUGCUAAAGAGGCUCAGGCUGUGGCUCGGGGACUCACAGAGCGGGUCCAGGGCACCAGUGCCUUCCUGUUUGGCUGGGCAGACUCCCCCCUUCAGCGGGGGCUGGCACAGAGGAGGAAGGAGAUGGGCUGGUUCAAGAAGACACCAGACUUGCAGGCGAUCAGGCCCGACGUGGGGCCGCAGCCACAGAAACAGUUCGGCCUCACAGGUGUUGGAGCCAGUGCAUACGUCAUGAACUGCAACGUCACUAUCGACACCCAGGACAUCGCCUUGGGACGCAGCAUCGCCACAGCCAUCAGGGAGUCGACCCCGGGGGGCCUGCCUGGGGUGCAGGUGCUGGCUUUGCCACACAUGGGUGCCGUGGAAAUCGCCUGUAAUGUGGAAAGCGUGAAGGGGAGCCCACCUAGUCACACGGGUGCGGGUGAACCUUGGCCGGCUUUCAGCAUCGGUGGCCAGCUGUACUGUCACGCUCCAGCUUCCCUCAUCACGGCGAGGGUCGCAGAGCUGGCAGGGAGGCAGGGGGUCGGCACGAAGGCCACCGCGCUGGUGGGGUUCACCCCCCGUGAGUGCAGGGGCCUGGCAGAGUUAGCACUGUCUCAAGGGAUUGCUGAGUUCUGGAAGGAGCAGCGUAGGAUCCGUAUGUGAGAACGAAUUCUUGCCAAAACCAGUGAAACCUCAAGCAAAAGUACAUCAUGUGACUUUAAUUACCCUGAGAAUUGUCUGUUUAUUAAACCCUGCCCCCCUCUGUUACCACUGUCAGAUCCUUUACUUAAAGCAGAUACAAGGAAUUUUCUGUUUGUGAUGAUUCUGGCGACACUUUGGGGCCAAAGUGGUGUUUCUACCGCCAUGUUUCAUUGAUUUCAAUUGAUUUCCAUGACAGGCAUUAAGAAUAACUAUAUAGAAAUAGUAAAUGUUCUCACUGAUGGUUUCUUUAUGUAGGUCACGUAGAGGCAUCAGUAUGAAAUGAAGACUGUUUCAUAACCACUUAACUCCUUUGGUAUGAUUAAGUAAAAGUAUUAAUACCACACUCUGAAAAGACUCGACUACAAGUAAAAGUCCUGCAUCAAGUAUUAGCAACAAAACUGACCUAAAUGAUGAAAAGUAAAAUAACAACGGCCCCUUCAUGCUGGCUUUUGGAUUAAUAUUACUGCUGCAUUAAUGUGUAUGUUGCAUUUUAUUGCUGUAGUUGUUAAAGGUUGCCAAAUGUUGCAUGCUCAACAGUGAAAGAGCCAGGUAGAAGACUUGGACAGUAUUCUGACACUAACAUGGUGCUGUUUGGAUAUUUUAAUACUGAAAAACACACCGGUUACAUUCAUGCCUUAUUGUUUGCAUAUUCAGACAGUAUUUUAGUUUAGAUGUAGAGAUAAAGAAGACAAAUCACCAUUAACGUUUGCACACAUUGUUCAAACUAAUUUACUCAUACAUUAACAGAUUUACAUUUUUUGAUGAAAAGUUGUGUGUGAUAACCUUUUACUACAUUAAAUAAAUCAUUGAUCAAUUCAA